AACCUCACAGCGGCCGCCAGCCGCGCACACGAGUCGCAAAAGAGCCGCGCCUCCGCCUCCGCCUUGGUGAUCAAUCGUCUCGUGUCUCGGUGACCCGACUGUCCAUCGUCCUUCCCGGCGUCCGACCGACCGGCGGAGAUGGUGCUCGCGGAGCUGGGCGGGAGCAUCGCCCGCGCGCUGUCGCGGAUGAGCAACGCCACCGUGGUGGACGAGAAGGUGCUCGCCGACUGCCUCAACGAGAUCUGCCGCGCGCUCCUGCAGGCCGACGUCCGCUUCGAGACGGUCCGCGACGUCAAGGCCAACAUCAAGCGCGUCGUCAACCUCGACGCGCUCGCCGCCGGCACCAACAAGCGCCGCAUCAUACAGCAGGCCGUUGUCGAUGAGAUACGCAGGAUGCUGGAUCCCGGUAAGCCGUCCUUCACCCCCAGCAAGGGGAAGCCUAAUCUGGUCAUGUUCGUCGGCUUGCAGGGUUCUGGGAAAACCACUACCUGCACCAAGUAUGCAGAUUAUCAUCGGCGUAAGGGAUUUAAUCCUGCACUGGUUUGUGCUGAUACAUUCCGAGCUGGUGCUUUUGAUCAGUUGAAACAGAAUGCAACAAAAGCCAAGAUACCAUUCUACGGAAGCUACACCGAAUCAGAUCCUGUGAAAAUUGCUGUUGAGGGCGUGGACAUGUUCAGGAAAGAAAAGUGUGAUCUCAUUAUUGUUGAUACAAGUGGACGCCACAAGCAGGAAGCUGCCCUCUUCGAAGAAAUGCGCCAAGUUUCAGAAGCUACAAAACCAGACCUGGUGAUAUUCGUUAUGGAUGGUAGUAUUGGUCAAGCUGCAUUUGAUCAGGCGCAAGCGUUUAAACAGAGUGCUUCGGUUGGUGCUGUGAUUGUUACAAAAAUGGAUGGUCAUGCGAAAGGCGGGGGUGCACUUAGUGCGGUUGCAGCUACAAAAAGCCCUGUGAUAUUUAUCGGAACUGGAGAACAUAUUCUAGACUUUGAGGUUUUCGAAGUGAAUCCAUUUGUUAGCCGUCUGUUGGGUAUGGGUGACUUGUCUGGCUUGGUGAACAAGAUCCACGAAGUUAUUAUGCCUAAUAAUCAGCCACCGAAUAUUAUUGGCCCUCAGUUGGUUGAAGGAACCUUCACACUCAGGCUUCUGUAUGAGAUGUUCCAGACUCUCCAGAGUAUGGGUCCUCUUGGACAGGUCGUCUCUAUGAUACCUGGAUUUAGCGCUCAGUUUAUUGAAAAAGGAAAUGAGAAGGAAGGUCAAGCAAAGAUUAAGCGGUACAUGACGAUGAUGGACUCCAUGACUGAUGCAGAGCUUGACGGGACAAACCCAAAGUUGAUGAACCAGUCACGAAUCAACCGGAUCGCUCGGGGAUCCGGCAGGCUCGUGGAGGAAGUGGUCCACAUGCUGGAGGAGUACAAGCGAAUUGCCAAAAUGUGGAAGAAACUGCCGCUGCCAACCAACAACAGGAGAUUAAAUACAAACCGCGACAUAAGGCCCAUAGCCAAUGCCAUUCCUCCGAAUAUGUUGAAUCAGCUUGGUGGCUUCGUUGGGCUGCAGAAUAUGAUGAAACAAAUGGGCGCUCAAAGUAGAUGAGGUAAACCAUUGAAGUCGUGGAUAGCAACCGUUAGGUAUAGGUAGGCUGUGAGUACUACUCUAGAGUCUAGAGUGUUGACCAUCAGGAGGGUUAUCAUCGUCUUGGUGCUAAACGUUGAUUUUGCUGCAUCCAACCACCACUACUUGGGAAUUGGGAUCGGGCUGCUUCGUGUCGAGUUAGUUUUGCCAGGCGUGGUUGCAUUGUAUAGAAUUUUUAGAAGUUGAAAUAUGAUGGUUCCCUACACUAUUCUUGAUAGAGGUCUUCCUGAAAAUUGCUGGACGCCUGGACCUAUGGAUAUGCAUUUACUUAUUCCUUUU